UUUGUAUAAAAAACACUUUAUUAUAUCUAUGAGGGAAUUAGAAAAGUUAAGGAACGACGUUGUGAACUGUGUCUGCUACACCUGCGCCGUUGUUGUUUCUCGCCGGACACCAUUUGUAGCUGCACCAAAACCCGGAACAACACCGUCCGUGCAAAUGUGCAAAGGUAUUCUGCGUAAAAUCAGACCUGUGAGAAGAAAUUAAAGAUGUUUUACUGGAUGGAGAGGAACAGUGGCGGCUCUGAGACACUCGACAGUCUCAGCAACGUGUCUAAAGCGGAGAUCCUGAGAGGAAUCGUCACCGAGAAACUGACAACGGCCGCGCAGGAAAUCUUAGCGGUUGUAGAGAGAACCGUAGCCGGUUACGAGGAGGAGGCUUCGGGCUUCAGGCAGGAGAUCCACCGGCAGAGGAGGCAGCUGGAGCUUCUCCUGCAGCCUCGGGUCAAACUAGAGAGAAGAGAUGUAGAAGGCCAUGAGGUGGAUGUUGUGAGGGAGGAGGAAGAGGAGCAGCAGCACACACAGCAGUCAGGUGUGGAGGACACUGGGAGCCUGGGCCUCUUGUGGUACGGUGACGACGAAGAGGGUGAUGGUGGAGAUGAAGACCAGCAGCUGUCGGCAGGACCAGCAACGAGCUCCAGACAGAGACAAGAUCUGAAGGACCCAGAUUAUCAAAUACCACCAAGGUUAAUUUCCCCCAGCGGCCAGUCUGACAGGAGAAGGCCAGGAAGACCUCGGAUCAGUGACACACAGAGACAUCUAGAUCUCAGGAUCCGCAUCCUGGAGGACUCGCGGGCCGAUGUGCUCUCGAAAAGGGUGUAUAAGAAGUACCCGCUGCAGGAGCUGCAGUGUCCUCGUGGCCUGCAGGAGGCGGACUUCCUGGACCUGCUGAGGUCCACCUUCCCUCAGCUGGCUGCUGAGAAACCUUUUGACGUCUUCACAUCCGACAGGACGAGGAGACUCCAGCCUCUGAAGGUAAAGACGCUGACACCGGAGGAGAUCUACAGGAGCAUCAGGCUGACUGGAGCCGGAAACUCUGCCCUCUACAUCCGACUGAAGACCGGAGAGGAUCCUCAGAGCAGCAGUGAAGACCCUCAUCCUCUACAGAGACGAGAUGAUUCACAAUCCAGCUCCGCCACAACGUCAGCUCAUCAAACCCAAAUGUACACCAGUGAACUAAAAACUAGAGAGGCCGACAUAUCUGCUCACAGGUUAUUGUCUCCCAGAGAUUCGUUUGAGAGGAGGCGGCGUGGUAGACCUCGCCUCGGAGAAGAACCGACUCACCACUUCCUCAAAGUCUGCAUGCUGGAAGAUUCCCAGUCAGACGUUCUCUCAAAAAAAGUGUUACUGAAAUCCUCCAUACAGGAGGUGAGGUGUCCUCGUGGCCUGCAGGAGGCGGACUUCCUGGACCUGCUGAGGUCCACCUUCCCUCAGCUGGCAGGAGACAACAAACCUCUAGACGUCUUCAAGUCCGACAGGAGCAGGAGACUCCAACGGCUCAAAGUGAAGACGCUGACACCGGAGGAGAUCUACAGGAGCAUGAAGUCCACCGGGGUGGAAAAGACGCUCCUCUACAUCCGACUGAAGACAGGAGAGGAGGAGGAGCUUCACCUUUUACAGAGAAACGAUGAGGCCGCCACUGAUUCUUCGUCCACUGAUGCUGUGAUGAUAAAAAAUGAUGAAGCCAAGCUGAGCUCAAGCAGCCCUGUUCAACAUGUGGAUGUUCUGUCCAGCAGCUCAACAUCACAGCAACAGAACAUGGACAAAGAGGAAGAUGAUGAUGGAGAUGCUGCUGAGAGCCAAGUGGACUCCAGCGAUGGAGAUGACGCAUUUGAUGGAGACGACGACUGGAAACCCGAUCCUGAGCUGCAGUCGUCAAAGAUGAGGCGGAAACGAGGGGCCAAAACGUCUGGUGUGCCAGAGAAGUUGAUUAGGAGAAAAAAAACGCCCUGUAAAGUCUGUGGAGUUUGGUACAGGAUACUGGGCAGUUUGAUCAAACACUCCUGGAGUCACGUGGAGGAACCACAGUGUGUCUGUGGAGUGUGCGGAGAACAUUUUGUAUCUGUGGACGAGUUAAAGGGACAUCUUAGAAAUUAUCAAAAAACUCACGACUGUUUAAAUUGUGGAAAGUCUUUCCUCACCAUCACUGGCCUCAACUCCCACACCAAUCUACACACAGGAAACAGGCUGUUUAAAUGUGAUGUUUGCCACAAAACCUUUACUUACAUGUCGAGCUUGAGUAUUCACCGUUGGGUCCAUGUGGCAGAUAAACCACACAAGUGUGAUAUUUGCCCGAAAGCGUUCGGUCUGAAGGCGCAGCUCAGAGCUCACAGCAAGGUGCACACAGGUAGAGACAAGUACCACUGCAAUGUUUGUGGUAAAUCUGUCUACGAUCUGCGAUCUUUAACCCGCCACAAGACGACUCACUCGGGGGAGAGGCGUUACGGCUGCGAGGUUUGCGGGAAGCGUUUCAAACUUCCCGGCACGCUGAAGUCACACGAGAAGAUCCACACCUCCAGAGACCGGCCGUACCUCUGCCACAUCUGCUGCAAAACGUUUGUGUCAAACGGCAGUUUAACAACUCACAUGAAAACACACAGCAACGAGAGGCCGUUCAUCUGCGUCAUAUGUAGCAAAGGCUUCAUAUCCAACGGGAGGCUGAAGGGUCACAUGCGCGUGCACACCGGCGAGGCGCCGUACGGCUGCUCGGACUGCGGUCGCUUCUUUAAACACAAAUCUCACCUGAACAACCACGUGAGGAGCCACCUGGGCAUCAAACUGUUUGUCUGCGGGGUUUGUGGGAAAGCGUGCUCCCGCCAAGAACACCUGACGGUCCACAUGAGGACCCACAACGGGGAGAGACCGUACCAGUGCACUGUCUGCGACAAAGCCUUCACUCAGAGCCACUGUCUGAAAACACACAUGAGGAGCCACCAGGGGGAAGAAGACCCGUUCCUGAACGCACCCACGUCCUGAAAGACAUGUUUUAUCAGCCUGUGCUGUCUGAAACGUGAUGAUAGGGGGCGUUUUGAUGGGGCUAGGGAUCGAACCUUGAUUCUUCUGUGAUGCCGACCAACAUGUGUCUAACAUCAAACGUCUGCUCUGAUUUGUAAACUUGUUAAGUUGUUCUUCCAUCACACAGUCGCUGAUUUUAAUACUUUUUCCCGUUUUAGAAUAUUUUGUAAUAAUUAGUAAGUACAUUUGUAUACAGUAGGAAUUGACGAUAAUUCAAUAUUAUCCCAUCGGCUGUCAAGUGGAAGUGUUUUGUGAUGAUGUGAUUAUAUCACGUAAUCAUUUUAUAAACUUCUGCUGCCGAAAUUAAUCAUCCAAAGUAGGGAUAUCCCGAUCCGAUCACUGAAGCAACAAGCACUCUUUUUAAAAGAAGAGAAAUGUCCUUGAGACAGCGACAAGGCCAAAAAGAUUAGAGAGGGUUGAUAUUUCCAAAUGAUGUGAAUAUUUAAAGCGGCUAUAAUGGACAUUUCUAUAAUAACAAUGUAUAAAUUAUAAUUAACAAUAUGAAAGGUGUCUGGUAGCGACGAAGCUACAGAGGAUUAUCAGCUGAAUCUGCAGCUCCACUCGGCUUUACGGAGCUUCAUAGUGACUUUCAGCUCAUUGUUUAUCUGCCCGGCUGCAACUUUACUGCUCUGGUUCACUCUCGCGGCUCUCAUAGUGUCGUUUUUAGAGAAAGGGUUGUAUAAACAUAGCCUGGGAACCAGACGAAUUUGCCGAGCUCAUGUUUCAUUUGCUCUGGCGGAUGCAUCUGGCCGUCCCUCCCAUUCAGAAGGAUUUCCACCUGUCCUGCAUGCGGUCGGGCCAAUCACAGCCGUUUAUCUAAUAAGGGGCGGGUUUGAUAAGGUGACUGACAGAGGAGCAUCACCAGUCCAGAUUUGAAGUCACACGUUUCGCUGCUCUGAUUGGUUGAUACAGCGCAAGGCACCAGACUCACUUAACUCAGAUCAAAGUGUCAAACUAGGCAGCGCUGAUCAAAUAUGAAUCCAGGUUCUGUUGCUGCGUUACCUGUUUCAACCGCCCCGACUUGCAUGUGUCGCUCAGCACGUUUCGAUGCUCUGAUUGGUUGUAGGUCUUUCCAGUUGCGUCCAGAGGCAUUUUGGUCGGCGCCCGUUGAUAACGCCCCCUGGAAAUCAAAAACGAACUGAGAGGUUCCUGACCAAAGCUGUGUUAACACCAAACGCGUUACUCGCGUGAGUUUGACCGCCACAUCAUAUGUUUACUUGCGAGUAAAUACAACCUGCAAAUAUUCACCCUUUCUGGCUCACUACAGCAGUAUGAACCUAAAAUAUACUGAUUUUGCUGUGAUUGAAUUGCAAUAAACGGAUCAAAGGAUGCCGAAAUAACUACAUCAUGAUGCCGAUUUGUAAAAAGUCUGAAUUCAUGCUUUGUCAGGUCUGUCCGCAAGACGACAAGCAAACAACUUUUAAAAUGCUUGUUUUCUGAAUGGAGUUCGGAUCGAUCAGAGCUAAUGCUAUUGCUAACUUGGGUCAUAGUAAUAUACAUCUGGUCUCUAUAUAAAUAUGUAGUAGCUAUCAUAGAGCUUCUGUUGCCCACAGACGGCGGUGAUAGUGGAGGUCGGCACCUCGAGUUGAAGUGCUACAAACGAGUUAAAUAGAAGAAAAAAAUAAAGACGUGGACUACAUACUAAGUGUUACCCAAAUAUUAAUUUGUAAUUUUCAGAUUUGAAGGCAGUAAUGACAUUUAAGUACAUUAAACCAGGCUCAGUGUUAUCAAGGGUUUGGUGAUAAGUCUGAUCUGGUUUGGAAGAAUCAAUAACGAGCAUUUUUGGCAACAAAAGAGAGCUGGGUACCGCCACUGAUUUCCCAUAUCGAUUCGGUUAGGGAUAUUUCAGUAACAACACCAAUUUUGCUUGGAUAUGAAAGAGAUUCCGAGAGAACUAAUGCUGUGAAUUGUACGAGGAAUCCUCUGAUGGUGCAUUAUUAAAAAUAUGAAUGUUUACAUUAAGAAUUGACCCUUUAAAUCACCUGUAACAGAGCUGAUGUUUCCACUCAGACGCCCCAGUGUUUCCCCGACGAUUGUAUUAUAAAUAAAUAUAUAGAUAUUAAGGAAAAAGCUUAA